AUGGGUGAAGCCCCUGUAGAGGUAGUGGACAGCUUCUGCUACCUUGGGGAUGCCGUACGUUUCGACGCCCGCGAGGCCUCGGCGGGACACCACAAGGUCCACGAGAACUCCAGCCUCGGCAGACGGUCACGCUUCACCCUCGAGGCGCUGCGGCGGAACUUUCAGACGCGCGUGGGCUUCCUGGAGGUGAAGGACGUGACUCUCGCGGACGCCGGCAACUACACGUGCAGGGUGGACUUCAUGACGUCACGGACCAUGAUGAGUCUCGUCCGGCUUUACGUGCACGAGGAGAUCCGCGGCCUCGAGAUCUUUGACAACGACGAGAGGCUGAUCCAGGGCGAGGUGGGGCCGCUCCUGCUGUCCUCGCGCCUGGUGCUGUCCUGCCGGGCCUACGGGGGUCACCCUUCCCCUGAGGUGCGAUGGGUCUCAGCAGGCCAGCAACUCAUGCAGCCAAGAAUCACGCCUCUCUUCGAAGAGCCUCUGCAGUUCGUUAGCGGUCACCCCGUGUCUGUGCGUAGCGCGGAGCUAGAGCUGCCCGUGCUAACAAGGGAGGACGAUGGGCGGCGGCUGCGCUGUGAGGCAAGAAGCACCAACCUAACGCUGGGCUUGCAUAAGGAAGUCACUGUCACCAUGCAUCGUGAGUGUUGCUUGUCUGGCUGGAUGGCACCAGACCGGAACACAACCAUGAGGAGCGGCGAGCUGUGGCCCACCUCGGACGACAACGGGAGGAGGGUGGCGUGCACGGCGGCCAACCCGCUGGUGCCCGGCUACGCCCUCACCGCCGAGGAGGCUCUGCGCGUGCACUUCCCCCCUGAGGUGCAGGUCCGCCUGGCCCCCGCGCUGGACCCCCGCAACAUCAAGGAGGGCGAGGACGUGUACUUUGAGUGCCACAUCAAAGCCAACCCGCCCGAGAGCCGCGUCCAGUGGAUGCACCAGGGUCGCCCGCUGUCCACGGUGCGGGAGCGCGGCGUGCUGGCUCAGGGGAGGAACUUGGUGCUGCAGGGUGUGAGUCGCCACGCUGCGGGGAGCUACCAGUGCACCGCCACCAACACCAUCGCCACCGUCACCAGCGCCCCGGCAACCCUCGACAUCAUGUUCGCCCCGGAGUGCCGCCAGCCCCGAAAUGUCACCGUGUCCGUCACCGCCAAGGACGAGGUGACGCUGGACUGUGCCGUGGAGUCCAACCCAGAGGAGGUCAGCUUUACGUGGCAGGUGAACAGCAGUCGCGGGGUUAAGGAGCUCCCCGCCUCUACCUUCACGUCUCAGGCUCGCUCCAGCAGGCUUGUGUACCGGCCCCAGGAGCACAGCCACGCCCACGAGCCGCGCGGCGUGGUGUUCUGCCUAGCCACCAACAAGAUAGGCAUGCAGAAGGUGCCCUGUGUCUUCGCCAUCACGCCUGCAGGUCCUCCCGAAGAGCCGGUGUCCUGCGCUCUAGUGAACCACAGCGCCGUGUCCCUCGCCGUGGCCUGUGUUCCUGGCCAUGACGGCGGCCUCCCACAAGUCUUCCUUACCACGGUGCAGGACGCCGCUACACACGAGGUGGUUGCCAACAUCACCUCGGCGACGCCCUCCUUCAGCGUAGCGGGACUGGCGCCGGGGCGGGACUACCUCCUGCUGGUGAGGGCGGCCAACGAGAAGGGCCGAUCCUCGCCUUACAUCAUCCAGGGGUUUGCGCUCAAGGUCGCCGAGAACAAGAUCAACAACUCUCGGAGCGUGGAGGCCACCCCGCACCUGGCCGUGUUCGUGGGCGUGGUGAGCGGCUUUGUCUUCGUCCUGACAGUUUUGGCCGUGGCGGCGCGCUCCCGAUGCCGUCGCCAGCGCCGCCGCCACGGCCCGGACGAGUGCCCCGACAACCACAAACUGCCCGACGGAGAUGAAGCGCCGCCGUCCCCCUCUACCAAGGCUUCCCUAGACGAGGCGGAGGCCGGCGAGGACGAGGACGAGGACGAUGACCCCAGUGCUACGGAGUCAUCAGGAGGACUGUUGGAGCCACGGGAGGGGACGGCGCAGAGUCCUGGCGGCCCAACCAAAGCCCUCAGAACCUACGUGCCCAGCCAGACGCAGCCACAGACGCAGCAGCAGCAGCAACAGCCACUACACCCCACCGGGACCGCCACCAACCACAAGUACCACAAGAUCAAGAUUGACUGCACGCGACUCAACAAGGAGAGUUUUGUAUAGCGCGACGGGACUUGCGGCGGCGGGGAAAGACAGGUAGAGUAGCGGAACUGGAAAGCAAAGUGUGUGAGUAAACAGAAGAGGGGACCAAAAUGAGGAGGAGGACCUACGAAGCGAUACAAAGCGAGGAAAAUAAGAAGGCUAUGAACUGUUUAUAAGCGUGAAUGGAGGAGACUAAGAGAAGGACGAGGACGAGAAUAAGUAGAGUGGCGCAAAUGGAAAGCAAAGUGUGUGAGUAAACAGGAGAGGACAAAAAUUAGGAGGACCUACGAAGCGAUACAAAGCGAGGAAAAUAAAAAGACUGAACUGUUAAUAAGCGUGAAUGGAGGAGAAGAAGAGGACGAGGACGAGAAUAAGUAGAGUGUAUAAAUGAACAGAAGAGAAGGCCAAGAGGAGGAGGACCUACGAAGCGAUACAAAGCGAGGAAAAUGAGAAGGCUAUGAACUGUUAAUAAGCGUGAAUGGAGGAGACAAAGAGGAGGAGGACGAGAAUAAGUGGAGUGACGUAAAUGAAAGGCAACGUGUAUAAAUGAACAUAAGAGAGGGCCAAGAGGAGGAGGACCUACGAAGCAAUGCGAAGCGAGGAAAAUGAGAAGGCUAUGAACUGGAGGAGACUAAGAGAAGGACGAGGAGGACGAGGAUGAGGAGAGGAGGAAGAAGGAGAAGGAACGGGAAGAGUGAUUACAGGUUGCUUUCUUCCUUCCUUCCCUCCUUUGUUUCCUUCUUUUUUUAUCUAUUUAUUUUUUCCUCUCAAUUAUCCUUCCCUCUUUCCUUCUUUCCUUCUCCCUCCCUCUCUCCCUCCUUUCCUUCCCUUUUCUUCCUCCCUUACGUCUGGCCAUACAUCCUUCUGUUCCUUCUUUCCUAUUCCUUCCCUUCUUUCCUUCCUGUUCCAAGUCUCCUUCAGCUGUAAGUACCUAACCGAAUACUUCUCUUCUUCUUCUUCUUCUUCUUCUUCUUCUUCUUCUUCUUCUUCUUCUUCCUCCUCCUCCAAUGUGUCUAUGAGUAGAUACUUGUGUAAAUACAUUGAAGGUCUGAAGGUUUACAUGCGGGACACCUACGUUCGAAUACAAUCUCGUGCCGCAGGAAAAGACGUGGAGGAAUGUCGAGCUCCUACUGUAUGGAUUUGAACACCUACGUUAAGGGAAUACAGUGCCAUGCCGCAGGAAAUGACACGAAGAGCGCUCUGUCCUAUUAAACCGCGAUGGCCUGGCGAUGUGCUGCGUUGAGGGGACACUGGCCGGUAUGCUCAGACGCUUCGGUUCCCGCAUCAAUUAUUUAAAAGGCCCAAAAAGGAGAUUUAUCGGGUUAUCGUGAAUGUUUCUUUAGCAAUACACUUCUAGUUACUUAUUUUUCUCGGCCGGUUUGCGCCAUACUGUUACGGAGAGAAAAGUAAUGCGUUGGGUGUAGACCGUGUAGUCAUUUACCCGUACAGGUGGUUCAGAUGAACACUUUGGUGAACGGCGUCUGGCACUCUGGUAUUGGAAGUCAUCUCAAGGGGACGGGCCAAGAAAAGACCUUAUUGUGUUGGGUGUAGAGAUUAACCCGGACUGGUGGGUCGUCAGAAGCUUAUAGGGAGCGGCGUCUGGCACUUUGGUAUUGGAAGUGAUCUCAAGGGAGUGGCCCAAGAAACAGACCUCAUUGUGUUGGGUGUAGAGAUUAACCCGGACUGGUGGGUCGUCAGAAGCUUAUAGGGAGCGGCGUCUGGCACUUUGGUGUUGGAAGGGAUCUCAAGGGGACGGCCCAAGAAAAGACCUUAUUGUGUUGGGUGUAGAGAUUAACCCGGACUGGUGGGUCGUCAGAAGCUUAUAGGGAGCGGCGUCUGGCACUUUGGUAUUGGAAGUGAUCUCAAGGGAGUGGCCCAAGAAACAGACCUCAUUGUGUUGGGUGUAGAAAUUAACCCGGAAAGGUGGGUCGUCAGAAGCUUAUAGGGAGCGGCGUCUGGCACUUUGGUAUUGGAAGUGAUCUCAAGGGGACGGCCCAAGAGACAGACCUCAUUGUGUUGGGUGUAGAAAUUAACCCGGACAGGUGGGUCGUAAGAAGAUUGUGGGGAACGACAUUUGGCACUGGUAUUCUAAGUGAUCUCAAGGGAGUGGCCCAAGAAAUAGACCUCAUUGUGUUGGGUGUAGAAAUUAACCGGUACAGGUGGAUCGUCAGAAGCUUGUAGGGACCGGCGUCUGGCACUCUGGUAUUAGACGGGAUCUCAAGGGGACGAGCCAAGAAUAGACAUUAUUGCGUUGGGUGUAGAAAUUAACCCGUACAGGUGGGUCGUAAGAAUCUUGUGGGGAACGGCGUCUGGCACUCUGGUAUUGGAAGGGACCUCAAGGGGACGGGCCGAGAAAAAGAACAUGUAAUUAUGAGCGUGGGUGUGUUACUUUGAUGUUCCAUUGAUGUUUAAUAAAUAAUUGACUGGUAACGAUGACGGUUAUUGUACCACAGA